UUUUAGUCUGGUCUGGUGGUUCAUGCAAAUGGGUUUCGUGUGAAAUUUGUUGCUCGGUCGGGUUAAGCGGGUGGCGAAGAAAAUUGCCGUUUAAUCGAUUUGCAGUUAAGAAUCGGCAUCGAUUUUAUUUAUUUAUUUCUGAUAUGUCACGUCUGUCGUAAAUGUCAAAAACAUCUGUAUGUAGUGAAAGGUCAUUGACAAAUAACUGAUCCCCGAUAUAUCGUGUAUAUACAUACAUACAUUAGUUAUAACAAUAUACCGAGUGUGUGAGUAGUCAGUACGUUCGAGCGGCGAGAAAUUCGUAGUGUCAGUAGUUGUAUUCGACUAGUGUGUUUUUAUUUUGGUUUGUGUGGGUAUUCGAGGGUGGCCAGGCCUUAAAGGGUGGACUCGUCGCUCAAUCAAAGGACUGAUAACUAAGAUGAGCUUCCUUUUUGGAAGCCGCUCUUCAAAAACCUUUAAGCCAAAGAAGAAUAUACCAGAGGGUACUCAUCAAUAUGAGUUGAUGAAACAUGCUGCUGCAACACUAGGUUCAGGCAAUCUGAGGCUUGCUGUCAUGCUACCUGAAGGAGAAGAUCUCAAUGAAUGGGUCGCUGUGAACACUGUCGACUUUUUCAACCAAAUCAACAUGCUCUAUGGAACGAUAACGGAGUUCUGCACGGAGGAUAGCUGUCCCAUAAUGUCGGCGGGUCCCAAGUACGAGUACCAUUGGGCGGACGGUCACACGGUCAAGAAGCCCAUCAAAUGUUCCGCACCCAAGUACAUUGACUAUUUAAUGACGUGGGUGCAGGACCAGCUGGACGACGAGACCCUUUUCCCAUCUAAAAUAGGUGUGCCGUUUCCGAAGAACUUCCUGCUGAACGCAAAGACAAUACUGAAACGGUUGUUCCGUGUGUACGCCCACAUCUACCAUCAGCACUUCAGCGAGGUCGUUCAGCUGGGUGAGGAGGCUCAUCUGAACACCUCGUUCAAGCAUUUUAUAUUCUUCGUGCAGGAGUUUAACCUUAUCGAGCGGCGAGAGUUGGCGCCGCUGCAGGAACUCAUUGACAGAUUAACCGCCAAAGAAACUCGAUGAAUCAGCGACAAAGUCCCGCCUCUCGACCGACGCCCCGCCCACUUAACUUAAAAAACCCACACGUCUCUCUCACUCAAUCAUUCUCUCCCUAUCCUACUGUGCCUCUCUUUCUAUCUCUCUCCCUUCCAACUAUCUUCAUCCGAAAGCAACCGAUGACUUGCAUUUAAACCUCCGCUUCCCCGAAAUGUUAGUACAUGUCUGGAUGGAUUUAACACUGAUUUGUGAUACGAUUUUCAUGAGUAAAAUUGCGGUUUACUUACAUACAUCUGCUUUAUAAAUAUUAAUAUCUAUAUAUACAUAUAAAUCUGCGUUUCAUCAUAUUCUUUCUCUCAAUCUCUUUGUCUCUUAUUUUAUAUAUAUACAUACAUGAUAUAACUAAAAUAAUUUGUAGGUGUUUAGUAGACUGAUGGAAUUUACAAUAUUCCUUUUAUAUACUGAUGAAAUUAACGUUUCAAUUCGAAAAUUAGUUUUUUACAUGAAAAGAAAUGAUAUGAUAUAGCUUAUUUUUGAUAUCGACUCGACGACAGUACGUUACAGUACAUCUUGCUUAACAUUUACGCGCACUUUACGAUUUUCGUUGUAUUCGUGUUUGAUUAUUUUUUUUGUUCUUUCUUUAUACUUUGUUUUAUAUUUCGGCACACCACACAAUCACACACAAUAAUUAUAUAUAUACAUAUUGCUAACGAUCAAUCGUUCGUCACUAUUUAAUAAUGAUGUAAAGAGAAACAAAAAGAAAGCAGGUUGCAAAUUAAUUUGUGCUUAAAUUUCAAUAAGAAGAAUAAAACGUAUUAUCUAAUAUUAUGAUUAAUAUAAGCGUAUUUACUUAGGGCUUUUCAAUAUAUAUUUUAUUUUCAAUGUUUGAUUGUUGAAGAUUCUCGUGUUUCUUUUUAAUGUAUAUAUAUAUAUACGUUUUAAUCUGCACACAGACACAACACACCAUAGACACACUUGCGACUAUUAUUCUCUUUCGAUCUUUUCUGAACGAUAUUUUAUUUUCACUUA